AUGGCUGCCAAAGGUACGGACACCGACGGCCUGUCGAAGCUCAACUCGCGCGAGCAUGUCGAGCAUGGGUCGCUGCCGGGCGGCGAUGCCGGUGAAACCUCAUCGGCACCCCUACACAGAAAACUGAAGUCACGGCAUCUGCAAAUGAUCGCCAUCGGAGGCAUCAUCGGCCCUGGUCUCCUUGUCGGCUCUGGAAAUGCCUUACAUCUUGCGGGACCUGCAGGAAUCCUGAUCAGUUUCUCGUUUGUUGGCAUCAUCGUCUUCUUUGUCAUGCAAGCCCUCGGAGAGUUAGCCACACUUAUACCCGUAACAGGCUCCUUUACGGACUAUUCAGCCCGAUUUGUUGAUGAUUCCUUGGCUUUUGGCCUCGGCUGGGCUUAUUGGUAUCUGUGGGUGACUGUCCUAGCCAAUGAAUACAAUGCGCUGUCCCUUGUAAUGGGAUAUUGGACGCAGGUUGUCCCACCGUGGGCAUGGAUUUUGAUGUACUGGUUUCUGUUCCUUCUACUGUCUCAACUGGGUAUCUUGGUCUUUGGAGAGGUCGAGUUUUGGCUAGCAUUGUAUGAGACUCCUCCCUUUCAUCUUUGGGAGAUUCAAUUAAUGCUUCCCAGGAUUAAAAUAAUUUCACUUACGAUCUUUUUCAUCCUGGCCAUUGCCAUCAGCAGCGGUGGAAUUGGUGGUCGCACCAUUGGGUUCAAAUAUUGGGAAGACCCAGGGGCGUUCGCAGACUCUAUAAAUGGAGUUGCACGAACCUUCGUCAUAGCAGGAACCCUUUAUGCAGGAACCGAAAUGGUGGGUAUCACCGCUGGCGAGUCUUCUGACCCUAUGAGAGCAGUCCCUCGUGCGAUUAGACAGGUCUUUUGGCGUAUAUUAAUCUUCUACGUCGGAAUGAUGUUUUUUAUUGGAAUUCUUAUGCCAUACAAUGACAAGCGCCUUCUUGCAUCUGGCUCCAAGACCGCACAGUCACCGCUUACGAUUGCUCUGACCGAUGCCGGCAUAGUCCCGGGUGCGCACCUGAUUAACGCCUUAAUUGUUAUAUCCGUAAUAUCAGCAGGCAACAGUUCGCUAUAUGUUUCUUCACGUACACUGAUGUACCUGGGCCGCACGGGAAAAGCUCCAAGUUUUCUCGGCCGAACCAACAAACGGGGCGUACCGUGGGUUGCACUACUCACAUCCAAUCUAUUUGCUUGUAUUGCAUUUUUGUCGCUAUCUUCAAGCGCAGGGAGAGUCUACAGUGCUUUGAUCACUUUAUCUGGUGUGUCAACCUUCUUGGUCUGGGCCACCAUUUGCAUCACGCACAUCCGAUUCAGAAAUGCUCUUGCUCUGCAGGGAGAGGACCCUGCAAGCCUUCCUUUCAGAGCCGCUCUUUACCCUUACGGAACCUACUUUGCGCUCGCGGCCAACGUGGUCCUCAUCUUUUUCCAAGGAUACACGGCUUUUGUAGGCACGUUCAAACCUGUCGACUUCGUUAUAAACUAUGUUCUCUUGCCAAUAUUUGUCAUCUUCGUUGUGUUCUGGAAAUUCUACAAGAAAACAGUGUUCGUGAAACUUGCCGAUAUGGAUAUCUGGACGGGACGAAGGGCACUCAGCGAGAUUUCUCCCGAAGAAGAGGAGGACAACCCGGAGACGAACAAAGGGAAGUUGAUAUGGAAGAAGAUUAAAAACAUAUUUGUUGGUUAG